UUAAUUUUUACUCUGCACCAUGUCACCAGAGAACAUGAGUGGGCCCUUGAUUCCUGUCACCACGGCCCUUUGGAGGACAGCAGAGAUAAGGAAUGGAUCGAGAGACAGUUUGGCACAUCAAAGACUCUGGCUGAAGAACAUCGACAAAUAUCUUCAGUUCAGUUAAAGUGACUGUUGGAUUUAAGAAUGAGCAGAAGGGGGAGGAGACGGAGCAGCAGGAGGAGGAAAAGCUCCAGCAGCAGCAAACAAAGUUCUUCUGCAUUUGUCUUUGAAAACCAGAACAAUUGUGUCCCUGUCAGCUAUGAAAAACACGCAACUGAAAAGCAUGAAGAAAAUAGUCUUCAAAAGAAAAACGUUCUGUCUGGAUUUGAAGAGAAAAUUUGUCAUCAUGUGCCUCCCAUCGAAAAAACAUUUAAACAACAUUUCAACAUGGCUGAAUUUCAGGAACAAAGGAGCGGAUACAGCAAAACUACAGAGGUGGAAGAAAAAAGGGUGAAGAUAGUAACGUCAGUGUCUGUCAGUGAUAUGGAAAAGCCCUCCCAAAAGGUCAAAUUAGAGCAGUCACAUGAGGGCCUAUCUGGAAAUCCAACCAACUCAUCUCCACUAAAAACAGACAUCUUCAAUGUUGACUAUCCCGGGUCACAUGUGAAAGUUGAAAUCCAAGAAAUUCUACAAGGGAAUCCAUAUAGCAUCAAAACCACAUGUGUUUUUAUGAAUGAAAAUAAAGGUGGUGAGAUGACUAUCACGCGGGAAUGUGAGGAAACACAGAUGCCUGACCUUCAACAAUUGCCGCAGCUACCAAACGAUGUGAUCAGUCACAACAGGCAUCAUGAAAUAAAUUACACAUUUAGGUUUUGCAGCAUAAGUGAACAAACAAAGUAUCAGAGUGAUCUGAGAUCUGUCUGUUUAUCAAACAAAGCUGGUGAUCCAAGGUACUGUCAUUGUUGCAGUGCUAAACAUUUAAGGGAUCCAUCAUUGUUGCUAGACAUUGAUCCUAAGGAGAAGAUGAAAGGUACUUUCAGACAAGAUCAGUUCAACCAAUUUUCAGCACCACAGAUCUUUGCAGAGAAUAAAUAUAACACUUCAGAGGACCUGACAAAUGAUCUGGCUUCCUUAAGGAUAGAAGGAACCGCAGAAUCUGUAUCCCCGAUAUCUGUACAGGAGAAGGAAUAUGAAGAUUUAGCCUUUGAUCAGUUCUCAGAAUCUGAUAACUAUGAGCCCAUGUUCAUGAGACCCUCCGUGUCUACCAACAGGUCAAGCUUUGUAAAAGAUUUUAUCUACUGCCAAAAGAGAAAGUCUUGGAUAAGAAACAACAGCAUCGCUACAGUGGAGCAUAAAGACUAUUUGUUGUUGAAAAAAAGACGGCAGACAUUUCCUGGGACGUCACUCACUCCAGAACUGAUUCACAAGGAUUUUAUGCUGCCGUACAACAAAUCGGUUUCAUCUGUCCUUAUGUGCUUACUUCCUUUUCAAAUUGAAAAGCUGGGUAAAAACAAGCAGUUAGAUGAGAGUUUUCCUACUUAUAUGAGAAGAAGUGAUGCUUCUUCAAAUAGUGGACAGAGCACUAAAGCCCUUUCAGAGAGUUCAGAAAUUCAAUACACAAGUGUGGGGAUAGACAAAGACAUGAACCCGGAGCUUCAUGUGGAAGAGAUUAUUCAAGGAGCCCUUGCUAUACAAGUCAUUCCUCCAUCUUGCAGUGGCUCUGAGGAACAAAUCCUCCAGAUAGAUCCUGCAGUAAUUGCCAAUGACAUAGAUGAUAAAUAUUUUACAGAAAGAGAUUCUGAUUCACAGCGUAGUAAGUCCCCAGUGGCAACAGCACCUGCUGAUGCUCUUCACUACAAUUUUAUUCAGAACAAUUUGAAAGGCAGUUCUUUUAGGAGUUGUUUGCAAAAGGCUGUUGUUUCAGAAUAUCUCUGCAUAUCAGAGGAGACUGAAAUGAAUGUCUUAAAAACACACGCUUCCACUGAAAUCAAGCCCAACCCAAGUGAACAGCCAACUAGCAGCGCUUCACAUCUACUUGUGGCUGAUGAAAUGAACAAUAACGAUGGGCCUCAACAAAGAAAUCAGGAAGACUCUAACAAAGCAGCAGACAGUUCAUUAAGUUCUCUCAAACCAUCUAGAGAAAACACAAAAGAGCUGCCUGUUGCAGUUGGCAAAACAGAGAAACUCACUGCAUACAAGUCUAACUCUGACGCUCGAGAAAAUUUAAAGCCUGCACCUCACAAAGACAGAGACGGCACAGACCCCUGGGCUAGGAAGAGAAAGCUCUUCAAGGACAGCAGGCAGUGGAGUUCUGCAGGUGGAAGUUCAAUUACCAGUGAUAUUACAGAGGAAUCAGUAUCAGAGGACACACUUUCAACAAAUGUGAUAAUUCAACAUAAUGAAGACAGGGGCUUUUACACCGAGACAUUCCAGUCUUCAGCAUGGAUUUACCAAGGGGACGACAUAGGCUCAGGCACCCUCUGUACCAGCCUUUCAGUUAGAACACGAGCUGUCUCAAUUCGAGAGAGGACUGUUCAAAUAUGCAAAGGGACAGGGGAAUACCCCUGGGGCUUUCGAAUACAGUUUUCCAAACCAAUUGUUGUGACGGAAGUUGACACAAAUGGAGCAGCUGAGGAAGCAGGGCUAAUGGUGGGCGACUAUGUCCUUGCUGUUAAUGGAAUUGAUGUGACCAGCAUCCCUCAUUCUGAGGCAGCUAAUUUAGCACGCCAAGGUCCAGAUAUUCUAACAUUGACAAUUGGAUCAGACAUUGCUCGAGGUCCUAAUACACCCAGGCCACCGUGUCGCGGUUACCUUCAUAAGCGAACCCAGUCUGGGCUGAUUAAAGGCUGGAGGAAGAGGUGGUUUGUUCUCACACCCGACUGCUGCCUGUACUACUACAAAAACAAACGAGACGAAGGCAAGCGGCAGCCUUUGUCAUCAGUAAAGCUGGAGGGGGCUGAGGUUGGGCCAGACGAUUCCCUUGGAAAGCCAUUUGUUUUCAGGUGCCGUCCUCAGUCUGGUAAUCGGGUGUACUUUCUCUGCGCCACCUCUAGUCAGGAAAUGAAAAGGUGGUUGGAAGCUAUGGAAAGAGCAAUUCAUCCCAUUACACAGAACCAUGUGUGGGUUGAUGUCACAAGACACAACUCCAACAUGCCGCCGCUGGCUAUGAAAAACCCAGACUGCCUUGGACUGCUUAACAAAAUGGACAAAAGUAAAGACUCUUGGAUCCAACACUACUGCAUUCUAAAAGACGCCUGUCUCUACUUGUACAGCGGCAUACGGGCAACCCAUGCACAUGGGGGUAUCUACCUUCAAGGUUACACAGUGCGGGAGCAAGCUUAUGGAUCAAAAAAGUCUACAAUUGAACUGAAACCCCCAUCUGAUGAGUUUAAAACCUUCUACUUUAGUGCUGAUAACUCAGCUGAAAACAAGCGAUGGAUUUUAGCAAUCAAAGCUUCCAUAAAGAAGUGGCGGCCUUUUCACCAGCUCCUUCAGGAUUAUAUGAGCCUGCCACCAGAAGAAACCAGGAUGUGACGAACAGCUGCACUCUGUAAAUAUUGACAGUGGUCUCACUCAGCCUGUGGACCCUGAUAAGCUUCUAGUACAAAGAUGCUCCAAUGCUAAAGAAAUGUUGCUCAGAAAUGUUUUGUCUAUUAAAUGUUUUCCUAAUUCAUUGUCAAAAAAAGUGAAUAAAGUUGAUGAAAUGUCUUUUGAUGUCAUGCUCUUUACAUGAUAGACUCUUUCUUGCCUUCAUUUUAAG